CCAUAGAGAUUAUGACGCUAGGCAGGGUGAUUCAGAUUAGCUUUAGCCGUUGCUCAGACGGCGGUUUGGACGUUAAAGUAAUCAAAACCCUGCAAGUUGUUACAUAAAGAUCAUGGCGGCGGCUUUAGAUGCUCUCUGGGAAGACAGAGACGUUAGAUUCGACAUUACUGCGCAACAGAUGAAAACCCGUCCAGGUGAGGUACUGAUCGACUGUCUGGACUCAAUUGAAGACACGAAAGGAAAUAAUGGGGAUCGAGGACGACUCUUGGUGACAAACCUGAGAAUCAUUUGGCACUCUUUGGCUCUGCCUAGAGUCAACUUGUCUGUGGGUUACAACACCAUUAUUAACAUCACAACCAGGACUGCACACUCUAAACUGAGGGGACAUACUGAAGCUCUGUACAUCUUAACAAAGUCCAACAACACAAGAUUUGAGUUCAUUUUUACCAAUCUGGUUCUUGGAAGUCCAAGGCUCUUCACCUCUGUGAUUGCUGUACACAGGGCUUAUGAGACCUCUAAGAUGUACCGGGACCUGAAGCUGCGAGCUGCUCUCAUUCAAAACAAGCAGCUCAGACUCUUGCCCCGGGAGCAAGUGUAUGAUAAAAUCAAUGGGGUUUGGAAUCUGUCCAGUGAUCAGGGUAACCUGGGAACCUUUUUUAUCACUAAUGUUCGGAUUGUGUGGCAUGCCAACAUGAACGAGAGCUUCAACGUCAGCAUUCCUUACCUUCAGAUUUGGUCGAUCAGAAUAAGAGACUCAAAGUUUGGUCUGGCUUUGGUGAUUGAAAGUUCACGACAGAGUGGAGGAUAUGUGCUUGGGUUUAAAAUCGAUCCGGUGGAAAAGCUUCAAGAUGCUCUCAAAGAAAUCAACUCUUUGCAUAAAGUUUACUCUGCAAACCCCAUCUUUGGAGUGGAUUAUGAAAUGGAGGAAAAGCCCCAGGCGCUGGAAGAACUGACUGUGGAACAGCCCCCUGAUGAUGUGGAAAUCGAGCCUGACGAACAGACCGAUGCUUUCACUGCCUACUUUGCUGAUGGCAAUAAGCAGCAAGACCGUGAAGCAGUUUUCUCUGAGGAGCUUGGCCUCGCCGUUGAGAAGCUUAAGGACGGCUUUACACUUCAGGGGCUGUGGGAAGUUAUAGGCUGAAAGAACAUGAAACAUCUGUGUAUUCUAUGUACAGACAAGAUAGAUUUUAUUUUAUGUUCAUAGGCCAAGAUUAAAGUUGCAAAGGCCAUUUAUAGAUGCUUGUUUUAAAGACAAGGUACAGUACUAAAUUUCAUAUCUGGUGAAAAUGUAUGAAUUGUUUUCUUGUAGUUUUUAAAUGCUGUAAAACCAGGGUUUCUACACAGCCUGGAUAAGUGUGGAAUUUCUUCUUUGUGCCCUCCUUAUGCCUUCCCUUCUUUUUCUUCUUUCUGUUUCCAUCCUUGUGUCCCGUUCCUCUGCCCUUCAUUCCUUUCUUGUGUCCUUAUUUAAUUUCUGUCUAUCUUUCCCUUUUUUGUGUCCUUCCUUUCCCUCUUCUUUUCUGUUGUCCUAUUUCCCUUAUUUCCUUCCUCCAUUUUUUUGUUGUCAUUCCUGCGGUCUUCACUUCCUUCCUUUCUGCCUUCUGUUUUUUGGAGCUUCCAUAUUUAAAGCCUGCCCAUCGCAGAAAUCAUAUAAACAUGAACAAUGUUUAGUAACCCUGUAAAAGCCUAUUAAGAUUAAAAUCAAUGUAAAUAAA